AUGGCCAACACUUACAACAACGCUUCCUCCCUCGCUGACGAGAUGACGAAGGUCCUGCUCCACGGCGAAGCCACUUCAUCCCCUAUAUCAAUCACAGCUAACAUGUCUUGCUACCCGGCUAGACAUCGGCGAAAUCGUUCACGCAGAGAAGAUCUCAGACGCCAUGUGCAAAGCAACCUUCCCAUGGGCACUCUACACACUGGAGCUACAUCAGCGUUCUUCGAAUGUGCCACGACGUGGGCGUUGUAUCCGAUCGCAAAGCCGGGUUUCUGGAAGAGUCUGCGGAUCUGUAGGACGAUUGCGUCUACUUAUUUGAGGCCGGCUGUGCAGGGAGAGGUGCUGUUGAUGGAGUGUGAGACUGUGCAUGUUGGCAAGCGGAUAGCGUUGUUGAGGGCGACGAUGAAGCGAGAGAGGGACGGUGUGGCCUUGGUAACAUGUGAGCACAACAAGUACAAUGUGGAUGCCGACAUGAAGCUAUAA